UGGCGUUAAAGUAGUGCCGGUCAAUUUAUCAGAUCACCUUGAGGACGCUGAUGCUCGUGCGGCGUUUUGAAGCGCAUCACUUGAACUGGAAGGUUAUUUUUGGGGAAGGACAUCACCAGGCAACUCUGCUCUCACCAUGUCACACACCAAGAUUCCAGACUUGGGCUCUGCCUUCAUCCAGACUCAGCAGCUGAACGCCGCCAUGGCCGACACCUUCCUGGAGCACAUGUGCCUGCUAGACAUCGACUCCGAGCCCACCACUGCCCGUAACACCGGCAUCAUCUGCACCAUCGGGCCAGCCUCCCGCUCAGUGGACAUGCUGAAAGAGAUGAUCAAGUCAGGAAUGAACAUUGCUCGCAUGAACUUCUCCCACGGUUCGCACGAGUAUCACCGUGAGACCAUAAAUAAUGUUCGUGAGGCUUGUGAGAGCUUUGAACCUGGCAGCAUCCACUACCGACCUGUAGCCAUCGCCCUGGAUACCAAGGGCCCAGAGAUCAGAACUGGACUCAUCAAAGGGAGUGGCACCGCUGAGGUGGAGCUGAAGAAGGGUAACCAGAUCAAGGUGGUAAUAGAUGAUGCCUACAUGGAGAACUGUGGUGAGGACAUCCUUUGGUUGGACUACAAGAACAUCACUAAGGUGGUAGAGGUGGGCAGCAAGGUCUACAUCGACGAUGGGCUCAUUUCUCUCCAAGUCCUAGAGAUUGGCUCGGACUACCUGGUGUGUGAGAUUGAGAACGGCGGUAUGCUGGGAAGCAAGAAGGGAGUCAACCUGCCCGGGGCAGCCGUGGAUCUGCCCGCCGUGUCUGAGAAGGACAUUAACGACCUGCAAUUUGGCGUGGAUAUGGGAGUCGACAUGGUCUUCGCCUCAUUCAUCCGCAAAGCAGCUGAUGUCCAUGAGGUCAGGAAGGUGCUGGGAGAGAAGGGCAAGAACAUCAAGAUCAUCAGCAAGCUGGAGAACCAUGAAGGAGUUCGUAGGUUUGAUGAGAUAAUGGAGGCCAGUGAUGGCAUCAUGGUUGCCCGUGGUGACCUGGGUAUCGAGAUCCCCACAGAGAAGGUCUUCCUCGCCCAGAAGAUGAUGAUUGGACGCUGCAAUAGAGCUGGCAAGCCAAUCACUUGUGCCACACAGAUGUUGGAGAGCAUGAUCAAAAAGCCCCGUCCCACACGUGCCGAGGGCAGCGACGUGGCUAACGCUGUUCUGGAUGGAGCCGACUGCAUCAUGUUGAGUGGAGAGACGGCAAAGGGAGACUACCCUCUGGAAGCAGUGCGCACACAGCACAUGAUCGCUCGUGAGGCCGAGGCGGCCAUGUUCCAUCGGCAGGUGUUCGAGGACCUGCGCCGCUGCACAGCCUACUCUACUGAGCCAGCUGAGGCCAUCGCCAUUGGCGCCGUGGAGGCUUCAUUUAAAAUCCUCGCCUCCGCUUUCAUAGUGCUCACUGGCUCCGGCAGGUCUGCUCAUCUGCUUUCCCGCUACCGCCCCCGAGCCCCCAUCAUUGCAGUGACACGUAACGGGCAGACUGCUCGCCAGGCACAUUUGUACCGUGGUAUCUUCCCCGUGUUCUACAACAAACCUGCUCACGACGUCUGGGCCGAGGACGUCGAUCUCCGAGUCAACUUUGCCAUGGAUGUCGGCAAGGCUCGAGGAUUCUUCACGCCCGGCGACGUCGUCAUCGUGCUUACCGGCUGGCGUCCAGGCUCCGGUUACACCAACACCAUGCGCGUGGUGCCAGUGCAGUAGAUAUCCCAUCCUCUUCAUUUCAGCCAUUCUAACCUUUCUCCUGCUCCUUUAUCAUUCAAGCACUUCUAGCAGACUGGAAUUAGCGUUAGCAAGGUCGGUCCCUCGGCUGGGCUUUACCUGUAAAGGGCCAGUUUUGACAACGUCUUGUCUAAUCCCAGUCACACAUUCUUGUUUAUUAUCUGCUAUUUUUUUCGUUCACAAACGGCAAUGUAUUUAUUCCUUACCCGAGUUAGGCGGCUGUCCGUCAGAGCGCUGAGUAAUGGAGGUCAGACCUACUGUACUCCUCAUGCAAUCAGUAUUCUUCUAGAACAUUCCUAUUGACCGUAGAAACAACAGUGAUGUGCUGAAACAAAAAAGGGUACACUAGCAGCUCUGGCUUCUCAAUUUUCCUUCAACAUGACCAAGCGCACAGGAAUGUAUUUGCAAGUGUGGUUUUGUCUCUGUGUUAAUCUGUUUGGAAUUUUUUUUUUUCUUUUUUUUCCCCAUGCACUGCACUCCAACAGCUACUGUAUGCAAUGUUGCAUCCUGUAUUAUACUUGAUAGAGAUUUUUGGGUGUUGGGGAAACCAGCGCCUCAUAAUAAAAAAUAAAUAAAUAAAUAUAAAUAUAUAUAAUUUCUCCUAAUCUGAGAAACAUUGUCAGAUGCUGUUAUUAGUGUUAUUCUGUUCAUUUAGUUGUGCUUCAAAAAGAAUUAAAAAGGAGAGAAACGAUAGUUAGCAACGAUUCCAUCACGCUUCUUCCUCGUCUCUCCUCUCGCGUGUGCGUUUCAAACUCGCGACGACUAUGUGCAGGUCUCGUAUCCACUCCCUUCUCUGACUGACACUAGGAUUUCAACUAUAUGUAUUGUGUGAUCUCAACCUUACUCUGUUGUAUUGUCAGACUGGAGCAAUUGAUUAAAGAGAAGAGCACCUGU